AUGCGGUCGAGAGGAGAGACUGGCAGAACCUUCGCAAAGAUCGCGACGCUCGGAGAGGAGGGAGGAGUGAGAGCGGGAGAGACGGUCUGGCUGAGAGGGAGAGUGUCGGCGAUACGCGGGAAGGGCUCCUCUUGUUUCCUUGUGCUCAGAGCCAUCGACUCGCCGUCACGUACAGUCCAAGCAUGCUACUUCAAGAGCAAGGAGGACGCGGAAGGCAGCAAGCGCUUCCUGCGAUUCCUCAACGACCUGACGCUUGAGUCGAUUGUGGACGUCAAGGGGCUGGUGGCGGCUGCCGAGGUGAAGUCUUGCUCGCAAGGCUCCGUCGAGGUUCAGAUCGAGCGAUGCUACGUGCUGUCCAAGGCGCCGGCCAUCCUCCCGUUCCUGAUGGAGGACGCGGCGAGAUCGGAGGAGGAGAUCGCAGCGUCGCAAGGGAGCGAGAAGCCUUUCUCUCCCGUCUACCAGGAAGCUCGACUAGACAACCGCUGGCUUGACCUGCGCGUGCCCGCCAACCACGCGAUCAUGAGGGUCCAGUCGGCGAUCUGCCAGCUGUUCCGAGAAGCGCUCUAUGCGGAGAACUUCAUCGAGAUCCACACGCCGAAGCUCAUCUCCGGGGAGAGCGAGGGAGGCGCCGAAGUCUUCCGCACCGACUACUUCGGUCGCUCGGCCUGCCUCGCUCAGUCGCCGCAGCUGUACAAGCAGAUGGCGAUCUCGGGAGACCUCGGUCGAGUGUUUGAGAUCGGACCUGUCUUCCGCGCCGAGAAGUCCAACACCCGCCGUCAUCUGUGCGAGUUCACGGGGCUGGACCUGGAGAUGGCGAUAGAGGAGCACUACAACGAGACCCUCCUCCUCCUCCACUCCCUCUUCAAGCACAUCUUCCUCGGCCUCGAGAGCCGCUUCUCCUCUGAACUCUCCGUCGUCCGCUCCCAGUACAAGUCCCUCCCCGUUCAAUUCACUGAGGAGCCCUGCAUCCUCCACUGGGAGGAGGCGAUCCAGAUGCUGCGAGACGCUGGUGAGGAGGCAGAGCUUCUGGAGGACCUGUCAAGCUCGCUCGAGCUCAAGCUGGGAGAGCUCGUCAAGAACAAGUUCGACACUGACUUUUUCAUUCUCGAUCGCUUUCCGGCAGCUGUUCGUCCCUUCUACACCAUGCCUUGCCCUGACGACGAGAGGUUCACCAACUCUUACGAUGUCUUCCUCCGAGGACAAGAGAUCUGCUCUGGCGCGCAAAGAGUACACGACCCAGCCCUGCUGAUCUCACAGGAAAGUCCAAAGAAGGGGAUGCCGUUGGAGCCCCUACAGGCCUACGUGACCUCCUUCCAGCAUGGCGUGUCGCCGCAUGCAGGAGCUGGCAUCGGGCUGGAGCGCGUCGUCUUCCUCUACCUCGGACUCGACAACGUCAGGAAGGCGUCCAUGUUUCCUCGCGACCCCAGCAGAUGCUCACCUUAG